GCUACAAACAGCAGCAGGAGCAGCAUCAGUAUCAGCAUCUCUGGGUAUCUACAGUCCACACAGCAUGGGGCUCUGCAGCACCCUCACCUGCCUCAUCUGCCUCACUCUGCCCUGGUACCUCUCUGCAGAGCAAGUUAUUCUGUUGGAUUCCAAAGAAUCGCAGGCAGAGCUGGGCUGGACUUCACACCCAUCCAAUGGAUGGGAAGAAAUUAGCGGUGUCGACGAGAAUUACAAACCCAUCCGUACUUAUCAAGUAUGUAACGUCAUGGAGCCCAGUCAGAACAAUUGGCUGCAGACCGGCUGGAUCUUAAGACGUAACGGACAAAGGAUCUUUAUUGAGUUGAAGUUCACUCUGAGGGACUGCAACAGCAUUCCAGGAGUAGUGGGGACAUGCAAGGAGACAUUUAAUCUUUAUUACAUUGAAUCUGAUUAUGAUCUGGGGAAAAACAUCAAGGAAAGCAAAUACCUUAAGAUUGAUACUAUAGCAGCUGAUGAGAGCUUCACACAAGGGGAUCUAGGAGAACGCAAAAUGAAGUUAAAUACAGAAGUCAGAGAGAUUGGACAUCUGAACAAGAGGGGCUUCCAUUUGGGAUUUCAGGAUGUAGGGGCCUGUGUUGCCCUUGUCUCUGUGCGUGUCUAUUAUAAAAAGUGCCUCUCCACAGUGCAGAACCUUGCAAUCUUUCCGGACACAGUGGCAGAGGCUGCCUUCUCGACUUUAGUGGAAGUUAGGGGGACUUGCGUGAAUAACUCUGAAGUAGACUUGGAUAACCCACCAAGGAUGCAUUGCAGUGCAGAGGGGGAAUGGCUGGUCCCUAUUGGAAAAUGUACUUGUAGUGCUGGCUUUGAAGAAAAGGAAGGUAGCUGUACAGCUUGUCCCCCUGGGUUUUAUAAGAUGUCCAGUCGACUCCAGACCUGUGCUCCUUGUCCUCAACAUAGCUAUACCAAUCAGGAGUCAUCCACUGUUUGUACCUGUGAGAAAAACUUCUACCGAUCUCCUUUGGACUCUCCCUCUACGUCUUGUACAAGACCGCCCUCUGCACCAAGAGACCUGAUUUAUCUAAUGAAACAAACAACACUAGUUUUAGAAUGGAAUGUGCCGCUGGAUACAGGAGGCCGGGGUGAUCUUACCUACAAUGUCUUCUGUGACCGUUGUUCAAUGGUUUUCCAGCAAUGUGAACCCUGUGGGAGCAGCAUUGGUUAUGUUCCUCAACAGAUUGGAUUAGUGGACCGGACAGUGACAUUGGUCAACCUGUUGCCUCACAUGAAUUACACCAUCCGGGUGGAAUCUGUGAAUGGAGUUUCAGAUUUUAGUAUGUACACCAAACAGUUUGCCGAAAUUAACAUCUUCACAAAUACUGCAGCACUGUCAUUGAUCAAUGACAUUCGGGCGGACAAAAUAGAGCAGAAAAGCAUCACAUUAUCAUGGCAGGAACCGACAUUCCCGUUCAUCAACAAUACAGAGUAUGAAAUCAAGUACUAUGAAAAGGACCAAAGAGACCAAAGUUACUCCACACUGAAGACACCCUUGACAGCAGUAACUGUUCAUAACCUGAAACCAGGAACUGUCUAUGUCUUCCAAAUCCGCACAUCAUCAUCUUCCCAAGAUUAUGGAAGCUAUAGUCCAAGCAUUGAAGUGGAAACACUAGGAGAAUUGGCACUAGCAUCCAGUGAACAGAAUCCGCUUAUCGUCAUAGUCAUAGUGUCCGUGGCAGGAUUCAUUGUGUUACUGUCAAUGGUAAUAGGACUCAUGAUAUGGAGGAGGCAGUGUGGCUACAGCAAAGCCAGUCAGGACGGAGACGAAGAACUCUACUUUCAUUUCAAAAUACCGACAAGAAGGACAUACAUUGAUCCAGACACAUGUGAAGAUCCCAUGCAAGCUGUGCAUUUGUUUGCAAAAGAAUUAGACAAUUCAAGCAUAAAAAUUGAAAGAAUACUUGGCACAGGAGAAUAUGGUGAAAUAUGCAAGGGCUGUUUGAAACUUCCAAGCAAAAGAGAGCUUCCUGUAGCCAUACAGACCCUAAGAGCAGGCUGUUCAGAAAAACAGAAGCGCUCAUUUCUGGCAGAAGCGUGCAUCAUGGGACAGUUUGAUCAUCCGAACAUCAUACGUCUUGAAGGAGUUAUCACUAGAGGCAAUACGAUGAUGAUGGUUAUGGAAUAUAUGGGCAAUGGUGUGUUGGAUUCCUUUUUGAGGAAAAAUGAGGGGCAACUUUCAGUACCUCAACUUGUGGGAAUGUUAACUGGUAUAGCAGCAGGAAUGAAGUACCUGACAGAGAUGAGUUACAUUCACAAGUGUCUUGCUGCACAUAAAGUCCUUGUCAAUUCUAACCUAGUCUGUAAGAUAUCCGGAUUUCGACAAUUUCAAGAUGAUAAACUUGAUACAGUGUUUACCACCAUGGUACGGAAUUCAAAUGGUGGCAAGAGCACAGUCUUAUGGACAGCACCUGAAGCUAUCCAGUAUCACCGAUACAGCACUGCUAGUGAUGUCUGGAGUUUUGGCAUAGUCAUGUGGGAAAUCAUGUCCUACGGUGAAAGACCUUACUGGGAUAUGUCCAAUCAAGAUGUCAUCAAGGCUAUAGAGGAUGGGUUCAGACUUCCAGCCCCAAUAAACUGUCCUCCUCCUCUACACCAGUUGAUGUUAGAUUGUUGGCAGAAGGACAGGAAUGACAGACCGAAAUUUACUCACAUUCACAAUAUACUAAGCAAACAUGGCCAAAGCCCCGAAAAAAGCAAAUCUGCAACAUUGACAUCAACAAGAUCACUGAGCACUUCCAUUCCAUUAAUUGAGCGGACAUUUACAUCAUUCCCUUCAUUUAGUUCUGUGGGAGAAUGGCUGGAAGCCAUUGAAAUGGAGAGAUACAAGGAUAACUUCACAGCAGCAGGGUAUUGCUACCUGGAGUCAGUGGCCAGGAUGACAGUUCAGGAUGUCAUGAGUCUAGGAAUCACUUCAGUGGAACAUCAGAAAACUAUUCUGAGUGGCAUUCAGACCUUACGUGCUCAAGUUAUACAAAUGCAUGGACGGGGAGUGCAGGUGUGACAUGCAAGGUCACAAAACAAGCUCUAAAACUGAAAAAUCCAAAGGGAGAGCUGUACCGCCCCCCAUAUCUGGCCAAGAAAAAUGAGCAGAAAAAGGCAACAUACAAGAGGAGGCAAAUCUAUCUAGGAUUACACUGGAGUCAAAUUCUUUCUAAACUUUUGAAAGAAAUUACAAAAAUCGCCAUGUGGUGAAGAUGGCACAGUCACUAAGAAGAUUUUAUGUCUUACAUCAAGAAGAUGCGAAAUCAAUCUGGCUGUGUAUCUACAAACCAGCCACAGACUAGGCAGAUUUUAGCAGCCUUUAACAUGGCCAAUUGUCUGUAUGACGCCUAGGCAUACAGGGUGAGCUGGAAACGUGUGCACUUGUUUUUACAUGGGGUACAUUGUUGUAAUAUUGUGAUGCCAACUACUCCAUUAACUCUAAGUACUUAAGUAUUUUUCUAACAGCAACUGUGUUGUACUGACUCCCAUAAAUAGCUUUUAUUUUUACAGGAUGCAAAAGAAAAAAAAAGACUUUUUUUAUACCAGAUCAAGUGUCCAAGUGAUAUGUGUUUGGUGCAGAAAGUGCUAGUCUUUUUCUUUUCUCCUCCUUACUAAGCACUUUUUCCUCGGCGGCAUGAAAUGAUGGCAUCUCUCUCGUGGGGCAAAUGCAAUGAAGCUGAAGUGGUGCAAUUUGUCUUGUAGUUGAAGUUCAAUGUGAGCAAUCGCUUACUUUGCAAAGGUUUGUCUGACAGUUUCUAUCAGCGGGGAGGUGAAAUGGAGAAUAAGGCAAGCAUAACAGGAAAAAAAAGACAAUAAUAUAGUUAGAAAGCCUUUUAAGCAUACAUACGGUAGUUGAUGGGAGAGAAAAUUAAUUACAAAAUAUGUGUGUCUGACAUUUAUAGUGUAUGGCAUUGUACCUGGAGGAAGAUAGCGCUGCAGCCAAAUGGUUUUUCAUACAGGGUAUGCCAGAUAACUUCUUUUUACCCAAGUGUUAAUGCAUAACACUAUUGUAUUUCAUAUGCUCCAUUUCACCUCUACAAGCAAAAUGCAAAACUUUAAAAAGUUAGUUUGUUCAUUCAUUUAUUCAUUCAUUCAAUCAUUAAGUGGCUGGUGAUGAGAAAUUUACCUGAAGCCAUUCCAUAACCGAUUUGUCCCUACUUGUAUGAAUGAUAAUAGCCAUGUCCCCUAGGGUCAAGGUCUCCUCUCUUCUUUCUGCCAAUAACUCAAUUUAAUUUGGAACGUGUUGUUUUUAACCUAUCUACUUUUAUGUGCAAGGAAAGUGCCGGUUGACUGGCCACCUCUUCUGACUGCCACUUGUGAUUCAUAAUUAUGUAGAAAGUGUACCUGUUCUUAGCCGAGCGUAAGAGUGAUUGAUAGCACUUCAAAGAAUAGGGAGUGCUUGUUAUAAUCUUACAGUCUUCAAAAAACAUAUGCCACAGUGUGUCUCUCUCUGUUCACAUGGAUACGCUCCCUGCAGUUAAGUAGAAGUUUCAAAGAUAAUUCAAAUUAUUUGCAGAAACAGAGAAUUCAUGCAAGUCAAGCAAUUUGUAAAGGCAUAGACUAGACCACCAAGUCGACUAUGGUGCGUCACUAGAGCGCUUCAAAUAGCUCAUAAGAAAUCUUAUAUUCAUCUUCUAAAUCAUCUGUAUAUUUUGCAAUUACUGUGCUAAAAUGACUCCAAAAAUUGCAACAAAGGUUAAAGGGGUACUCUGCUGCUCAGCGUUUGGAACAAACUGUUCCGAAUGCUGGAGCCGGCAUUGGGAGCUUGUGAUGUCAUAGCUCCCCCUCAU